CGCGUCGGAAAGCUACAGGAUAGGAAGAAGCUAGCAGGUGUGAACCCAACCUGGAGGUGUGCAGCGACGCUCCCCGGCUCCAGGUUAACGCGUUACUUCUUCAGGUGUCUCUGAAGUCAUUCCCGUCGGACGGAGCAGCUGCAAGCGCCUGUUUACACGAGUCAGCGCUCUGGCCUCGACAACUCGGCUAACAGUAGCUAGCAUCAGGCCCCGCUAGUGCUAGCCGCGGAGCUUACUUUCCCGUUACCAAAAGCAAAACAAGGAAUGAGUAAUGACUUCUGUGGUAGUGUCAGACGGUGGAGGGAACCUAGUGGAGUAUGUCACUGUCAUAGAGGAGCCCCAGCAGUGUGAGCAGCAUCCAAUUGAGGAGGAGGAGGAAGAGGUGGUGCAGCAGGAGAUAGAGGCGGUGAUCGUGGAGGGUGGCGAGGAGGUGGAGGAAGAUGUGGAUGAGGAGGAGGGCGUGGUGCUGCAAGAUGAGGGCUGUCCAGCUGUGAUUGUGGAGGAGGUGCCCAGUGCCCAGGUGGAGGAGUGCUACUCAGCUCAGGUCCUGGUGUAUGACGACGAAACAUAUUUGAUGCAGGAUGUGGCUGAUGAGCAGGAGGUGGUCACUGAAGUGUCUGAGACUGUGGAGAUGUCAGGUCAUGACAUGGUGUGUUUUGACAAAACGUUUGAAGCAGCAGAAGCUCUUCUUCACAUGGAGUCUCCUGGAGGACUCCACAGUGAACGCAACACAGCAGAGGAUGUGAUGAUGGAGACGGUGGUGGAGGUGUCAACAGAGUGUGGGCCCAUAGAGGAGGAAUCCUUCCCGAUCCCUCCUGACUGUGAACCUGCUGCCAAGAAGAAGAGAGGAAGCGGACGUAAGCCAAAGUCACAACAGCCUGCCUCCAAUGGCUCCUUUGACUUGGGGAUCAAGAAGAGACAGAGGGAGGGCAAAGGCAACACCACCUAUCUGUGGGAGUUCCUGCUGGAGCUGCUGCAGGAUAAAAACACCUGUCCCCGCUACAUUAAGUGGAUGCAGAGAGAGAAGGGAAUCUUCAAGUUAGUCGACUCCAAGGCCGUGUCCAAACUUUGGGGGAAACACAAGAACAAGCCCGACAUGAACUACGAGACCAUGGGCCGAGCCCUGAGGUAUUACUACCAGCGUGGCAUCCUGGCAAAGGUGGAGGGUCAGCGUCUGGCCUACCAGUUCAAAGACAUGCCUAAGAAUAUUCGCGUGAUCGACGAGGAGGAUGGCGAAGAGUUGGAAGACAGCGAGGGCGUGGCCCAGCACCCGGCUCACCAGCAGGGCCCUGCCCACUCCACUGCUGUCAUCCCAACCCAGCAGACCUACGUCACUGUCAUCCCCAGCAAUGCCACCACAAGACCUUUCAGAACCAUGCCAGUGGUCAUGACCAACUCUCUAGGUCAGGUGACGUUAAACUCCUCGUCCAUUCUCACCACAACCACAGGAGUCCCAGUAAGUGUAGCGAACACCUCCGCCAGCACCCCCCCAAAACUGGUGAUCCAGGCUCUGCCCACCAUGCUAUCCACCGGCUCCAAAGCAGGAGAGAAGAUCACCAUCAUCACCAUCCCGGCCAACCAGCUCGCAUCGCUCUUGCAGGCCAAUUCUACGGGCCAGCUCACGCAGCUCAUCCAGGCCAAACAUCUGGCCACACAGCUGACACAGCAGGUCACCACUAAGCCUGCAGCCGGCACUGCACCUACGAUUCAGGUAAUCGCUGGCCGGUCAGCACCACAGCUCAUCCUGGCCAAACCAGCGGCUGUGGCUCAGCGAUUGCCUCAGCUCCAGGUGAGCCAGCCUCACCCCACCCUGGUGAAGAUCCCCACUCAGCCCCUGAAGCCCACCGACUGUCAGCCUGAGGCAGCACAAUCAGAAGUUAUAGUAGUAGAGGUGCCGCGCCCCUCCAGCCCACCAACAGCCUCAGGAAACUCCCCAUCAUCCUGAGGGGGUGGUAGUACAGGAAAUGACUGUGGACGCUGCCGUGGAGGUGCAGGGCACAGCCCACACAUCCCCCGCCUCAGACCAGAGCUGCUCUCUCAUUGGCUCUCAGACUUUCAGCCUAUUGUUGGUUUCCAAGGAGACUGAAGCCACACAAAGGAUUAAAGGGACUGUUGUAAACACACACUUAAACAGGUGGUUCAGGGCUCAGAAAACAUGGGCCAGCCUUAGAUUGUACAUGAAAAGCUCCUUUUGUAAUCAAACCUAAUAUAAAAGCCCAAUGAGACUUUGUUGUAAACAAAAAUGUAAAAAGCAUUUUUUGAUACUCAGCAGGUAUGUAACAGUACAGGCGUAGAUUGACUUCAUCUCUCUCUUUCCUUUUUUUUCAGUCUAAUUGUUUGUCUGCAGAAUUCUGUUACUCAACAGCACUGUCACCUUCUCCCAACGUACAGCAUCUUUUUCUACUGGUCAUCAAAAGAGAGUAAAAAGGAUGUCUGCAUGAAGAUGGAAGAACUUAAUGGUGUGCUCCACAUUAGAAGUAUGAUAUACUAUUUUUCUUGUACUAUCAAUGUAUUGAAGUAGAUUUUACUUAAUGUGUAUUAUAAAAGAAGACAAAUGUUAA